UCCCGGGCUCACGCGUUCUCGGUGGAGGCGCUGGUGGGGAAGCCCUGCAAGAGGAGGAAAGUGUCGGAGGGACACGAGCAGACGGCCGGGUCCGGGCCCGAGGAGGCUGAUCCGGAGAGAGCAAAGACCAAGCCGAAGGAGAGCAGCUGCCUGGCGGACAGAGAGGUCCGGGUCGAGCUGCAGGGCUCCGAGCUGUGGAAGAGAUUCUACGAGAUCGGCACCGAGAUGAUCAUCACCAAAGCUGGAAGGAGGAUGUUUCCGUCAGUGCGCGUAAAAGUGCGCAAUCUGGACCCGUGCCAGCAGUAUUACAUCGCGAUGGACGUCAUGCCCGUGGACUCCAAACGCUACAGGUAUGUGUACCACAGCUCGCAGUGGAUGGUGGCUGGAAACACGGACCACUCCUGCAUCUCUCCCCGGCUCUACGUGCACCCGGACUCUCCGUGCGCAGGAGAGACGUGGAUGCGUCAGGUCAUAAGCUUCGACCGGGUCAAACUCACCAACAAUGAGAUGGACGAUAAGGGACAUAUUAUUCUUCAGUCGAUGCAUAAGUACAAGCCACGGGUGCACAUCAUCCGGCAUGACCCUCGGAUAGACCUGUCUCAGAUCCAGUCGCUGCCGGCCGAAGGAGUGCACAGCUUCUCAUUCCCGGAGACUGAGUUCACCACGGUGACGGCCUAUCAGAACCAGCAGAUCACAAAACUGAAGAUUGACAGGAACCCGUUCGCCAAGGGCUUCAGAGAUCCAGGACGGAACAGAGGGGUGUUGGAUGGCUUAUUGGAGUCAUAUCCCUGGAGAAGCCCUCUAAGCCUGGACUUCAAACCCUUUACCAUACAGCUCCAAGGAAGCUCAGGGUCGCUGACCAGUGGUGUGAAGAGCCUCUUCCCUCACCCCUCAUCUCCGACCCUUCACCCGUUCUCCGUCUCUUCGCUCUCCUGCCAGGACUCUGCUCUCCACGCCUUUGCUCUCCCCCUCUAUGGCAAGACCUCCAUCACCUUGCCCGGCGGCACCUCCUCACUGCACAGCAGAGCCUUCUCCUCCCUGGGAGCAGACAGACUGAGGGGCUUGCCCCCGUCGUCUCCGCUCGCAGACCUCUCGCUCUUUUCGGCCCUGCAGGGAAAGAAACUUGCCCACUGCAGAGACCACUGUCUUCACGGAUCUGCUGGGAGCUCCCCCUGCCUCAUUCCCCUCCACAGCCCCCUCAGCCCUCAGGGGCCUUCUCUCCUGCCGCAUCUCUCUGACACUGCGGGCCCCUACUGCCUUUACCGCUACAGCUUCCCCCUGAGCCCCCAACUCGCAGCCAUAUCCCGGCACGCCAAGCUCGCCGAGGACACCACAGACUGUCUGCUGCGCCAGUCUCCAUGGCACCCGACCACCAACCACUGCCUCUGA